AAUAGCGACCGUUGGAUCAAACUUAAACCAAAAGUUUCGAGAAAUCGAAUUAUAAAUUGCAGAGGAAGGAGGAGACGGCUAGCUCUUGAGUAGAAGGGACACAUUUGGUCGGAGAGACAUGAUGGAAGAGGACGAUAAAUAGAUAAAAGUUUUAAUUUUUAAAUCGAUUUCGUGUGUUUGAUCUCGUUUCUCAAAUCUUGCUUCAAUGGUCUGUGUCCUAACGGUGGCAGACACUUUGGUCUUUUAGCUUCUUGUCAGAAAAAAAAAGCUAAUCUCUUUCAACCCAGCUCGAAAGUUUGAUCCUUUAUUUCAGAAUCUUGGAGUUUGAUUCUUGAAAUGAUGAUGAGAAAGAUUCCUACUUGGCCUUGGAGGCUAUUAGGUGGUAAAAAGGAGAAAGAGACCGAAGCUCUUAAGUUCCCUACAAAGAUAAAUCGAGAGAAAGGAAGGGUUAUCAAGAGGAAGGAGAUGGAACUUGAGAGCUUUGGUUCGUCUGGCUCAGAAUCUGUGGCUCUUGCUGCUGCUGCUGGGGAUGGGCCUGAGUGGUCUGUUGGAUGGACUGAGCCACAUGGACCUGGUUUUCAUACCGGUGAAGAAGGAGAUGACGGUGGCUUCUUGGUGCUGGUUCCUUGUUACAGAGCUGUCUCUGAAGGCUCUGGUAAUAACCAGUUCUUGACUGCUGUCAAGAAUCUCCCCAACGGUUUGCCUCCUGAUGGGAGGAACUACAUGGAGCAAUGGCUUUCAUCUCUGCAGAACCUUUGACCAGGUCUCCUUCCUUUAGUAGUUAGUUAAGUAGUUUUAGUUCUCUAAUACCAUUUUGGCUACUACAUUAACCCUGAAAACUCAAAAAAAAAAGAGAGAGAAAAAAGAAAAGGAGGAAAAAAAGAAGCUCAAGUAGUUUUAUAGUUUAGAUUAAGAUGAUGGUGUUGUUUAUAUUGAUCCUGUAAACGGAUUAAGCUCGAAAAAGGAAGAAAAAAAAAGAGUUUAAAAAGAAUGUGUGGGAUUGGAAAAGCUAUGUAAGAAGAUGCAGCUUAAUGGUUCUUAUGAAGAUGAUGCAAGUGGUUACAUUGAUUAAUGAAAGAGGAUGGAGAACAAUUAACAUUGAUCCCGGGAAAGGAAUAUGGAUUUAUAUCAAGAUGAUGGAAUUGGUGGUAUGGAAGAGGAUUUGAUUACUCAUCCUGAGUUGGAAAAUUCAUGUAAAAAGACUUCAAAGUAAAUACCAAAAAAAAAAAGAGUGAUGUAUAUACUAUAUUGGUCCUGUAUCAUAUAACUCAUGCAGAUUGUAUGUAAUUUGCUAACUACCACUGAUCUUUUUGUACAUAGAAACAGUAAUGCCAUUGUAAUUCUC